AUGUGGCUUUCGUGUUGGAGAGACCCUUUUGAGAGCAAUGACGGAUGGAAGUAUGAUGCCGAUGGCACCGUAUUUAUCCCCAAGAGCGGACUUGAACCUCUGUUACUCGAAGCAUCUGGAGCCUAUGGCACGCGAGAUAAGAGUAGACAUGUUUUCGACCAUUUAAAAGGUGCAUUCGGCUGUUAUAGCAUGCUUGCCAAAAUCUUGUCUACUUAUCAACACGCGGACACAUCGCUAAUGAACGACGUUCGAACAAUUUUUAUCCAUACAAGCGCUAAGGGUUAG